AGCAAGGGAGUCGAAGAGGAGACGAACUGAUCUUGUCAACACGGAACGACAGGUUUUUUUCUACACGGCCUGAUAAUCCGCAAUACUUGUAAUUCGAAAUUAAAGCGAGUAUUGAUGUAUUUAUGAUCGCACGCCGGGAUACGCGCACCCCAUACGUCGUUCAAUCCCGCAGACGACGUUCGAAGGAGGAGCGGUCCUCGGAGCGCGCCGCGGGCAUCCAUCGCCGUCGUGCACGCGUUUCACGACACCGCAAUGUGAAACGACGCGAUGACAGGCAUCUCACGUUGCUUUCCGUGGACCAGCAUCACCGCACCGUAAUGCAUGUGAGUUCCGUGUGUAUAAAGACAGAGGUGUUAGUGGUUAUCCCUAUGUCUUAUAAAGAACUUAGUUUAGUGAACAGCGAUUUCAACGAUGGAUUAUGGUUACAUACCCUUUCACAGGGAGAAAGACUUUCAUAAUAGAUGCUGCGGUGGAAAGCUCUGGUGUAUCAAGGACAUAUGUGGUAUCAUAUGCGCAGUAUUAACAUGGCUACUGAUAAUCUAUGCAGAGUUUGUAGUGAUGGCGGUGAUUCUUAUUCCUACGAUAAAUACAUUAUAUUCCAGCUUAAAUAUGGCCAUUUUCCAAUCUCUAGCAUUUCUGGCCUUUACGUCGCACCUAAGAACCAUGUUUACAGAUCCGGGCGCAGUUCCGAAAGGCAAUGCCACGAAAGAGAUGAUACAACAAAUGGGAUUUAGGGAUGGACAGGUUAUUUUUAAGUGCCCAAAAUGUUGUUCUAUUAAGCCUGACAGAGCUCAUCAUUGCUCUGUUUGCCAAAGAUGCAUUAGGAAAAUGGAUCACCACUGUCCAUGGGUUAAUAAUUGUGUAGGAGAAAAUAAUCAAAAAUAUUUCGUACUUUUUACCUUUUAUAUAGCGGGCAUAUCACUGCAAUCCUUGUUUCUGUGUAUACAACAAUUUACUACAUGUGUCAGGCAAGAAUGGAGGGAGUGUUCCACAUUCAAUCCACCGGCUACGGUGGUACUAUUGUUAUUUCUAGCAUUCGAGGCACUUUUAUUUGCCAUUUUCACUGCUGUGAUGUUAGGCACGCAACUACAAGCUAUUUGGAAUGACGAAACCGGUAUAGAACAACUUAAAAAAGAGGAAGCUAGAUGGGUUCGUAAUAGUAGAUGGAAAUCAAUUCAAGCGGUUUUCGGAAGAUUUUCGAUAGCGUGGUUUUCCCCUUUUACUUCGCCUCCUAACGCGAAAACGAAAUUAGAUUCUUAUCUAUAUUCUGUUUGAAUUAUAUUUUGAUAUAUCCAUGACUUACAUAUAGAGGAAUAUUUAAGAUAUACAAAUACUAAUGAUGUUCGAUUAGUAUACAGGCUGAUUUUCGAGUUAAAAACGGACUACUACAACUUCUCUACUGAAGAGAAAUGAACAAUAUUGCAUAAUUUUUAGGAUUAUUCUUUGUAUAAGGAAUGGUUUAUGUUCAAUUUAUAAUAUCGAAUUUCUUGUACAAUCUCGCGCGUAAUUAAAUUUUAUAUAUCAGUUUUCAGAUUUUUGCUUAUUGAAAAAGAUAUUUUUGUGAUAGUAAAAGUAUUGAAGAUUUGCAAUAUUUAAUACAAAUGUAGUUAAUUAUCCAUUAUAAUUGACUAUUAAUAUAUUUUAUAAAGAUUUUAUUUAUUAUUAUGUAUAUCGAUUUAUUUCAUACGUAUGCAUAAGCAUUUCGUACAUAUAUAUAUAGUCUGUAUAAUUAUAUAAAAUAAUUUUUACAAUGAUAAGAGAAUUACAAGAUGUAAGCGAAAACGAAUAUAGAAUAUUAUAUAUAAUUAAUAAUAUAUAAAUUAGUAACAUAUAUUAUUUAUAUACUAUAAUAAUAAUGUAAUAUAUAAUAUAUUUAUACACACAUGAUAGAUAUAUAUGUACGUAAAUGUAUAUUUACAUUUUUGUGGGAUAUUUGUAAUUUUAUACUGCUAUCCAAAUAUUGUACGAAUUUUUUGCUAUGAUAACGUUAGAAAAGUACUUAAAAAGUGAAUCACAAUCAGGGCCGAAUUUAUAUAUAUUUCUUUGGGUCUCCAGAAAUAAUAUAUACUAAAGUGCUGUAUAUAAAAUUGAAUUUUAAUUAGAACAGGAUUUUGAUGAAAAAGAUAAAACGUAUUUUAGAGACUAUUCUACUGAUAAAAGAAUCCAUAGUCAUACUGCGAUAAUUGUACAUUAUAAGAAUGAAUAACAGAAAUGGUUCUCUUGGAUAGUUUUAUUUCCUACUUUGUAAGACUGGGUUAUAUUUUAUAUUUAUAUAAAACACAACACAUAAAAAUUUAAGUGUGCCAUAUACGCACAUAGACAACGUUACACGAGAGACAACGUUACAAAAUUUUCGUAUCAUUUAAUUGCAUAUCUUAUAAUCGUAAAAAAAAUUAUGUCGCAAAAUUUCACUUUUCAAUUACAUCGAAUUACAACCUAUUCUUAAGAAACAAUGAAGAUCUUCAAUCUUUAUAGAUGUAUUGAAGAAAAGUUUUUGUGAUUAUUUGCCUGUACCUCAAGUGUAAAUUUUUAAAAUUAAUAUAUUAAGAUUAAUAUAUAAUAUAUAUAAUAAAAUAUAUAAAAAUGAAAUAUAAA